AUGCGGGCGGGGCCAGAAGGAGGCCGGCGCGGACCGGAGCCCGGGGACGUGAUUCGCGACCGGCCGAUCCCCUCCGCUCUCACAGUCGGGCUCCACGCUUCGGGCAGGUGGGAGGAGAGGACAGGCGCGCGCCCGAGCCGCGGGUUUGCGCAAGAUGCGAGGGGAAAACAGUUAUCAAGCGCUUUGGGAACAGCCUCGGCCCUGGAUCCGUGGCAGAAACUUGGACUCCGGGCCCUGAAACCAGGACGAGGACACUGUCAGGAGGUGCGGGCCUGGCCCUCGCGGCUGAUCCAUUAG